UAAUGAUCUGAUCAAUUCAAUGUCCGGUAACACGGAGCCGAAAGAGAGGAUGAGGGAAAUUCUGUCAACUUCAGGGGGAAAGUGCUGGUUGAGGCCCGCCCCCGUCAUCACAUGACAGGUGAUGGGAUGGAGCGAGACUCGGGGAUGAACUUGCGGCGCUGUCACCGAGAAUUGGGUGCUUACCCGAGGAGGGCUUCGCGGGGUUGAUGAUGCUGCGCUCGAAGUCAAACCCAGUUGCAGUGUGGAGAAGUGGAAAGUAAUUGAGUUUGCCACAUUCAAACGGAAUUGGACAGCUAACCUGUGGGUCGGGAUUUUCUGUUAAUUUGGGCAUUAUUUUCGCGCGUAGGGUGCAGUGCUAUCCUUCUGUGAAUGCAGGAGUGGUACGUUGCCAUGGACUCCGAUGCCAGCCACAUGCUCGAAGCAGCUCUGGAGCAAAUGGAUGACAUCAUUGCAGGCUCUAAGGUGGUGGCGGAGCUGAGUAAUGGCAUGUAUGACCUGGGCUCUCCGGUCAGCUCGGCCCCUCUGCAGGUGCUGCAGCUGGCUGAGGACCUGAGGGUAGCCCUGGAGCUGCAGGCCUGCGACCAGGAGAGGGACACCCUCCGAUCACAGCUCCCCUGCGCCACCGCACACCUGCUCAUCGACUGGCUACAGAAGGGCUCGAUUAACCUGCAGUCUCCCCCGAACAAUGAGUCGUGUCAGGAGAGGCUGGCACGCUUAGAGGGGGAUAAACAGUCCCUGGUUCUUCAGGUGAGUGUACUCACAGACCAGGUGGAGGCUCAGGGCGAGAAGAUUCGGGACUUGGAGAGCUCGCUCGAAGAGCACCACCACAAACUCGUCAACACUGAGGAAAUGCUCCAACAGGAGUUGCUGAGCCGGACUUCUUUGGAGACGCAGAAACUGGAUCUGAUGGAUGAGGUUUCCUAUCUGAAACUCAAGCUGGUGGGCAUGGACGAGGAAACAACGCCGAGCCCGGCCAACAGCGACGACAAGCAACAGAAAGCUGAGUCUGUGGUCAAUCUGAUUAGUGAGCUGCAGGAGCAGAUGUGUAAGUUUCAGGAGGAGAUCAGCUGUCGUAUCCAGGAGAAGCGGGCCCUGGAGGGCCACCACCAGGGGGACCCCGCUGGUGCUGGUGGUGGUAGUGGUAAUGGCCUCCACUACCAUGAGCCCUACUACGGCCAGGGCCCCAAAGCGGGCAGCCUUGAUGCCGGCCUGGACAGCUGUCAUCGCUGCAGAGGAGGAGAGAGCUCUGAUCGCACCUCUGCUUUAAUGCACGAGAUGCACGUGCUCAAGUGUAAGGUGGACGAGCUGGAGGGGGAGAAGAGCCAGUACGAGAGGAAGCUCAAAGCCACCAAGGCGGAGAUAGUGGACCUGAAGCAGCUGCUGGCCUCCAAGGACUCGGAGAUCGAGUGCCUGCAGAGCCAGCUCAUGACCCGCGGAGCACUGGGCAGUGACGUCACCGACAGAGAGGAGGUGUACAGGAAAAAGCUGAAAGAUAAAUAUCAAGAGCUCCAGCGCUUGAAAAUGGGAAUGGAGUCCUUGUUAGCUUCCAAUGACGAGAAGGACCGCCAUAUUGAAGAGCUUACUGCUCUGGUGGGCCAGUACCGCAAGAUGAAGGACAUGAUGACUCUCUCCCAAGUGUCCAAUGAGAAGCUGCUGUGUGGGAGCAGUGAGGAGGAGCUGAGCGGUAGUCUGAAGAUGAGGGCGCUGACACACAAAGCUCACUCGGACAUCAUGAGAUCGGAGAUAUCCUCCAGAGGUUCAUCCCCCCUGUUCGUCUCCCCCCUGUUACUCCAGAAGGACUUGGACUCCAGCUGCCGCAGUUUCCAGAUGGCUAUGGAGUCCACGAUAUCACCCAGCAGCUUUGGCUACCACAACGGACAGUGGCAGCUAGAAAGGGUGCAACCACGACUACUCUCCACCAGCCUGGAGGAGCUUCAGAGCGGAUCUGUGCACAAGCAUGUUGUGGGACAACCGGUAGAGCCUGUCCUGCAGAAUCAGCAUAUAGACAGUAGUAAUAAGUACCGCACCCUGCCGGGUAAGCUGUCUCGACUGGAGCAGAACGGAGGAGAGAGGCAGAAGUACUCGUCACCUCUACAGCUGUCCCCAGAUGAGAGCGAGGACAGCAGUCAGUUCAACCUCAGGAAGACCGAGAGGACGGAUGACUCGACGCUGUCUGACCUCUCUCCUCUGUCGUCGGGGAGGGACUCGGGCCAGCAGUCCCCUGUGUCUCCGGAACACAGGAAGUCACAGAGGGGCAUCAAGAAGCUGUGGGGCAAGAUCCGAAGGUCCCAAUCAGGUAGCUUUCCCGCGGGCGAGUCCGACUCCGGCGAGUUCCGUAGAGGGGGCGUGAGGGCCACGGCCGGCCCACGACUGGCCCACUCGGGUGCACGUGACUCCAUCACGCCGUUCUCCAAGUGGAGCCCGGAGCAGGUGUGUGGCUGGCUGGAGGACUUUGGCCUGGGGCAGUACGCCAGCCAGACGCGACAGUGGAUUAGCAGCGGACAAACUCUGCUGUCGGCCAGCGCACAGGACAUCGAGAAGGAGAUGGGGAUUAAGCAUCCUCUGCACCGCAAGAAGCUGCAGCUCGCCCUGCGCUCCUUUGGAGGCAAGAACCUGGAGAAGUCAGCUGAGCUGGAUCACAUCUGGGUCACACGAUGGUUGGAUGAUAUCGGACUACCUCAGUACAAAGACCAGUUCAAUGAUGCGAGGGUAGACGGUCAAAUGCUGCAAUAUUUGACAGUGAAUGAUCUGCUGUUUCUGAAAGUGACCAGUCAGCUCCACCACCUCAGCAUCAAGUGUGCCAUCCACGUGCUCCAUGUUAACAAGUUCAACCCCAACUGCCUGAAGAGACGGCCUGCAGACGAGCACAACAUAUCUCCGUCUGAGGUGGUGGCGUGGUCCAACCACCGGGUGAUGGAGUGGCUGCGCUCGGUGGAUCUGGCCGAGUACGCGCCUAACCUCAGGGGCAGCGGCGUUCACGGCGGCCUCAUAAUCCUGGAGCCUCGCUUCAGCUCGGACACGCUGGCCAUGCUGCUGAACAUCCCGCCCCAGAAGACCUUGCUGCGCAGACACCUGGCAACCAACUUCGGCUCGCUGGUGGGCGGCCAGGCCCAGCAGGAGAAGAGGGAGUUCAUGGAGUCGCCCACCUUCACGCCACUCACCACCACCGCCAAAGUCAGGCCGAGGAAGCUGCCCUUCUCCAACUUCAGCCAGCUGAGGCGGAGGAAGGCGGACGAGGCCGCGGACUACAUCUGCCCCCUGGAGGCUGCCCAGGGCCAGGCUCAGUCCUACUCUCAGUCCCAGUCCCCGGACCAGGCCCUGACCAACGGGGCCCACCACCACCACCCCCCUGCCCGGCCCUACAGCGGCUUCAGGGGCCUCAGCCCCAUCCUGGACAGGGACCCCGAGAGGCGGGAGCAGGCUGCGCGGGCCACCCAGGGCCAGGGGACCAUCAUGCAGAUAGAGGCCCUGUCAGAGGGGAUCAACAACCUGACAUACUUGCUAAGCCGCGACGAGCUACUGCGAGGGAUGCGCCGGAGCCAGACAGCUAUUGUGUGAGCAGGCAGGACGCUAACGCCCGCCGCGCGCGGCUAACGAACAACAACAACAACAACAUCCCGGCCAGGGAAGCCUCACGCCAUACUGUACCUCAGCUCAGUGCCCACAGGGCCUUGGCCAGCUGCUUACUGCAGUUGCUACUAUACAUAUCACAUGAGGCAAUGUUAAUUCAACACUUAGGGAGUAAGAUCAACACUAUAUGUGUUACUUUAGACUCUGACAGUAUCAAACACAUACAGGAAAUUACAGUGCUUCUGUGUCUUCACCUUUUUUCUUGGUGCUCAUCAGUGUAAGGGUGCUCAAACUUACUCCAGGUAGAGACAUUCUGAGGCACUCAAGGUUACAGUGCAAUGUAGCCAAAUGAAAAGUUUAAAAAGUAACCUUGAGUGUAACCUCAGGGUUUCUCUAUCUAGACUCUCACAGUGUUGAAUUAAUAUUGUAAAAUGUACUAUCUAUGGGCUAUACUCCCUCCAGAGACCUAACAUGCCUAAAAUGUCUUCCAUCCCUCUUCCCCUCAUCCCCUUCGCAUCCAGACAGACAAGAGAACUGGUGGCAAAUGCCUCCCCUCCCCGAUUCCCUAAUUUGCCACAUACUGCACUGUUAGUAUUUAGUAAUUUUAUAAUGAGCAUUUAGAGUAUAUUCAGAGGAUAUUUUCAAUUUGUAUACAGUGAUAUUAUGAAACAGAGAGUUUAUGUGAAUAAAGUACUGUACAUGUCAUGUUAUUAGUGUGUUAAUUUCUUAUUGUAUUAUGCUAUUGUAUUUUACUUUAUUAUUUUUAUUUCAGUAUUAUAUUCUUAAUGUUUUGGCAGGCUUC